AUGGCCAAAAGAAGAAAAGUCGUGAGAAGCAAAGACUCAGAAACCAAAGCUGAUGAAGAAGAGAUAGAAUUUGUUGAAGAAGAUACUAGUAUCAAUGAUCCAGACGUUGAAGAAAAUGAUAUAACGAAUAAAGAUGAAGAAGAUGAAUAUGUAGAUGAUGAUACAGAAUUAAGUGAACCUCGAAGUAGAAAGAGAAAAGCAUUAGUAUUAAAAGAUGAUGAAGAAGACGAAGAAGAAGAGGAAUUUAUAGAUGAAGAAGUUGAACCACCAGAAGAUGAAGAUGAUGAAGAAGAUGAUGAUGAUGAUGAAACUAAUGUAGAUGAUGAUGGAGAAAAUGCAGAAGAAAAAAGAAAAAGAGGUAGAAGAAGAAAAGAAAAAAAUUAUGUAUAUAAUGAAAAUGAUGUAUUUGAUGAAGAUGGAAAUCCUUUAAAUACAGAUAAUGAUGAAGUUAGAAUACCAAAUGAAGAUCCAAAGGGAAAAGAAAAAAUAGAUGAAUUAGGUUAUUUAAAAGGUGAUAGAGAAUUUAGAAUUAAAACUUUUAAAAUAUUAGGUCAAGGUGAUAGAUUAUAUAUGAUUUCAACAGUUCCUGCAAGAAUAGUUGGAUUUAGAGAUUCUUAUUUAUUAUUUAAAACUCAUCGUACAUUAUUUAAAAGAGUUUGUGAUAAUAAUCAAAAACAAGAUUUAAUUAAUAGAGGUAUUAUACCAAAUUCUUAUAAAGGAAGAGCUGUAAAUUUAGUUACUGCAAGAUCAAUUUUCAGAGAAUUUGGUUCAAAAAUGAUUAAAGAAGGUAAAAAAGUUAUUGAUGAUUUUUGGGAACAAAGAGCUAUUGAUAAUGGUGAUAUACCUGGAGAAUAUGCUGAUCCAGAUGAAAUUUAUAAAAAUAAAUUAUCAAAUGUAUUAGGUGAAGGAAUAAAUUCAACUAAUUCUGGUAUUGGAUCUGGUGGUAAUGCAACUCCUUCUGCUCCUGCACCAAUUGUAAAUUAUAAAACUGAUGAAACUUGGAUGUAUCAAAUUGCUCAAAAGACAUGUGAAUAUAAUAAUAAAUUAUUAGAUUUAAGAUUACAAGUUUCUCAAAAUGGAUUUAGAGAUAUUUUUACAAAUAUUGUACAUUUUCCAACAUUAACUCAACCUAAAAAAAUGAAAAUUAAAAAAUUUAAAAAAGAAAAUGAAAAUAAAAAUGAUAUAUAUUUAAAAUAUGAUAUAAAUUAUGAAUCAAAAAAUAUAAAAAGACCAGUCACUGGUUUGGCUAGUAUUUCUAAGGAUAUAUUAAAUGAAAUUGAUGAUAAUGAAAUUAAAAAAGCUAUAAUUGAUCAAAUUAAUUAUGAAAAAGAAGCUGUGUUAUAG